UUAUGAAAUGUUCAGUAAGCAAGUUAUCACUUUAGUUAGCCAUAUUAACCGUUCGGUUUUCCAUUAUAAAUUAGUAUAAUCUAUUAAUUUUUAUUUGCCCAACCAUAUUGACUAUCACAACGUAACUAAUCGCACUCGGCACAUCCGACUUAAGGUUUUAUUUACGUUCGUCAAGCUAGCUUAGCAGGCAAGUCUCUAACUUAAUUUAGUAACGAAUACUGAUGGUUAGUAAACGUGUGCCAUACAUAUGUACAGUAUACUAGAUAACCAGCUGGUUAACGCUAGGACUUUAACAUUGGAGGCACGUUACUUAUGAACGGGACACGUCCUAUCCCUCUCCCCGGUAAAAGGCUUUAUGAAUAUAUCCUGAACUAGAUUGAAGGACGCCACGUUUAGGUUGAUCUCCUGAGAAAUACACCGUUAAGCAAGAUGUCGAUAACAAACACCCCCACAAGCAACGACGCUUGUCUAAGCAUCGUCCACAGCCUGAUGUGCCACAGACAAGGCGGGGAGAGUGAGACCUUUGCUAAGCGAGCCAUCGAAAGCCUUGUCAAGAAACUGAAAGAGAAGAAAGACGAGCUAGAUUCUCUCAUCACAGCCAUCACCACCAACGGAGCUCACCCCUCCAAAUGUGUCACCAUACAGCGAACCCUGGAUGGUCGCCUGCAGGUUGCAGGGCGCAAAGGCUUCCCCCAUGUUAUCUAUGCCAGACUGUGGAGGUGGCCUGACCUGCACAAGAAUGAACUGAAGCAUGUUAAAUAUUGCCAGUUUGCCUUUGACUUGAAAGCUGACAAUGUGUGCGUUAACCCGUACCACUACGAGAGGGUGGUGUCUCCAGGAAUUGACCUCUCAGGACUGACUCUUUCAAGCUCAGGCACUCUCAUGGUCAAAGAUGAGUAUGAAUUUGAGAACCAGCCAUCUCACUCUGGUGCGGAUGGCCACCACCAGACCAUCCAGCACCAGCCCUCCAGACCAGGGGGUCCCCAGGAGUCGUUCAACAGCCAGACACUGCUCCCUCCGCCCGAGGGCAGCAGCUCAGCCUCCACCUCUGCCUUCUCCAGCCUCGCUGCUGGAGCCUCCACCCAGUCCAGUAGUCUUCUGUCAGGGAGCCAUAGCAUUGAAGGGCUACCGCAGCUUUCCUCAGGGCCAGGCCUAGCACAGGGCCAGACUUCACAGCAGAACGGCUUCCCCCUGGCACAGAGCGCCACAUACCAUCACAAUGCCACUUCAGGCUGGCCCAGAAAUGGGAGCUUCACCCCUUCUGUGCCUCACCACCCCAACGGGCACCUGCAGCACCACCAGCCCAUGCCCCACACGCCGCACUACUGGCUCUCGCACAAUGAGAUUGCAUUCCAGCCCCCCAUCUCCAAUCACCCUGCGCCUGACUACUGGUGCUCCAUCGCCUACUUUGAGAUGGACGUUCAGGUGGGGGAGACGUUUAAAGUCCCGGCCAGUUGCCCUACCGUGACGGUUGACGGGUACGUGGAUCCUUCCGGAGGGGACCGCUUCUGCCUGGGUCAGCUAAGCAACGUCCACCGGACAGAGGCCAUCGAGAGAGCCAGGCUCCACAUUGGUAAAGGGGUACAGCUGGAGUGUAAAGGGGAAGGAGACGUGUGGGUGCGUUGCCUCAGCGAUCAUGCAGUGUUUGUGCAGAGUUACUACCUGGAUCGGGAGGCAGGGCGGGCCCCUGGUGACGCAGUGCACAAAAUCUACCCCAGUGCUUACAUCAAGGUGUUUGACCUGCGCCAGUGUCACCGGCAGAUGCAGCAGCAGGCUGCCACGGCCCAGGCAGCGGCGGCGGCCCAGGCGGCAGCGGUGGCUGGGAACAUCCCCGGGCCCGGCUCCGUGGGAGGCAUCGCCCCCGCCAUCAGUUUGUCUGCGGCUGCAGGUAUAGGAGUGGACGACCUCCGCCGGCUGUGUAUCCUGCGAAUGAGCUUUGUGAAGGGCUGGGGUCCCGACUACCCCCGGCAGAGCAUCAAGGAGACGCCGUGCUGGAUCGAGAUACACCUGCACCGGGCCCUUCAGCUGCUAGAUGAGGUGCUGCACACCAUGCCGAUUGCCGACCCCCAGCCUCUGGACUGAGUCACACCAACACCACCACACUACCUGUCCCCGGUCCUCUGUGCUCGGACACGCGACUUUAACAGUCACCGGUAACUUGCAUCGCUGCACGUGCUGGACGGAGCGGGCCAGCUCAUCUUUACUGUCAGGCCGCUAUCUGCCCGCACUGAAUGGGAUGGGAGAACAGGGGAAUGAACAUGGUUUGUGUUCUCUGCCCGUUGGCAUCGCAGACAGGUAGACAGGGUUCCCUCUCCGAAGAUACCAGCCCAUGAGUCAGUCUUCAGGAUUCAGUAACGACUCAUGGACACUUUUCUUUCUCUGCUCUAGUCAUACAUCUGUGUCUAUAACUUCCAAAUCAUUGACCUUUGAGGCCCUUUCAUUUUUGUUUAUACUGUAUUUUUGAGCGGUUUUAAUGAUUGUGGUGGGCUCAAUUCUAAAUUGGGUUCAGAAUAGCUCAUUAAAUCUAAUUAAAUUCUUGUGUUUGAACAAGACACACCCCACAGGAUGUAUUUGUAAAUUACAUUCAAAGGAACUAUUUAUUCUACAUAUCACCUUACAGAUAUGUAUGGUUUACAAUACCGUGCACUGGAAGGUUAAAACAUGUCAUCUUUAAAUGUAAUUAUCCUAAAACAGGUGUGUAAAUGUAUUAUUGGCUUGGAAAAAUUCUAAGGGGGCUUAAAUAGCCCUGUGUGAUGGGGUUCCUCAAAGUAUUAGAUAAAACAGACAGCAGUAUAGGAGGAAACAAUGCAACAUCUCAUGACAUGUUCUUGAUGAUCAUUCAGUUAUUACACUAUUUUAAAAUACUAUGUGUAUUUCUUGCAUUAAUAAGUGAACAUACAAUAGUUUUCAAUUUAUUGACUUUUGUGUCUUAGUUGAAUUGGUUCAAAUUUUAUUAUUUAAUAUUCAAUUAAAAUUUUUCAUCCUGUGGGAUGUGCGUUCACAUAGUUUUGUUUUUAGCAGGCGCUCCAUCCAGAGAGAGACUUGGUGCCAUUAAAAUUAAAUUGAAAUUCAUGAUAGACCCCAGCCCUUUUAAUGUUAUGUUUUCUUAGAUUACAUACUAGCUUAAUUUAGCACUUUAUUGGUUUGCUUUUCAUGUGCUUGUUGUUGGUAUGUUGUCAUGUUGUCAGUAUAUUACAUGACUUUACCUAUGCGGUGUGAGGGGGGUUUCCACAUACAUUCAUAUUUUAAAUAAGUAUAUGUGUGUCUCAGAAUAUUCAUCUUUUGUAGUGAUUUGUGAGAUUCAGGCCACACCAACUGCAAGGUGGUGUUAAUUUCACUGACAAUAACUUCUUCAAAUGCCUCAUUGUCUGGACAGAUGGUGUUCAUUUCAGUUUUGGUUUUCUUUGCAUUUCCACUUUUUCAUAUUUCUGUAAUAUGACUGAUGAAUUGCCUUGUGGUAACAUUCCUUGGAGAUAUUGAAGGAAAGGCGAGGAAGUCGGAAGCCAUAAUGAUACCAAAUGGACCCAUACUAAAGUUGGAAACCGGUGAGAGCACAAUGUCUGUCAGUAUUAUGUGAAACUUGUAAAUACAUGUUUUGAUGACCAGAUUCUACAUUUUAAUCUCCAAAUUAUGACAGAAUUUUGUUUUCAGAUGUUUUAUUGCAAAGCUUAACAUUUCUAAUAAAAAUUAGAGAAUGUGAAUGUCAUUAGAAGUGCAUAUGUAAUUUAUGUAACAAAUCAUCAACCAGCUCUUUUAACUUGGAUAUUUGUUCAUUGCGGAUUGAAAUUGUCCAAGUUGGUGAGACAUAGCAUUGCCUUACCCAAAACAUCUGAAUCAAUGCAUUUCAGAGAACCUACAACAUAAAUUGCUGAGGUUUCAUUCAUGGUUCUCAAUGUCAUUGACACUCCUAGAAUGAACACCAGCUGGUCGGGGGCGUUUCUAGAACCCAAGUACAAAUUUGGACAAAGUGCAAAGCAGUAGAGCAGUGUUUUUCACAGACUGACAUUUGCCACAAGGGAGAGGAGUUCAGAAAAAUCCCAUGUAGCUUUGUUUUUAAUGUAGUCUUUGUUAAUUGUAUCAGUGCAUGGGGUUGAUUAAACAGUUAUAUCAACCUGG